AUGUUUUCCAAAAGACCAGAUAAACAUACCACGGGUCUAAUUAACUUGAGAAACGAUUGCUUUGCCAAUAGUUCAUUGCAAGCAUACUCCUCUUUACCAAGUUUGACGGAAUAUUUGAACCAUUUAAUCUUGAGUUUCCACCAACUAUCCGAUUUCAUCAAUGAACACCAUUUGGAUGUUGACGAGCUUAUUAGAUUGAGAUUGGAACACAACAAGUCUCUCCAAAACUCGAAAUUCAAAUCAUCCAAUGCAAAGUUCACCAUUCCAUUACAUUUGGCCAUGGCCAAUAUGGUGAAGAAAUUGCAAGAGACCCAAAUGACUUCAAAAACAAUCAGUGUCUGGACUUUUCUACACGAGUUGGAAAAUAUAUUCCAGGCCAAGAUUUCCAAGAGUCAACACGAUGCACACGAGCUUACUCAGCUUGUAAAUGAAACUUUGGAGAAUGAAAACUUGAAGCUUAAAAGUUUCCACAAAUACAUCUUGACUAACUUGCAUCGAAUAGUUCCCAAAGGCGAACAGCCAUUGCCACAAGAUUAUACUGAACUUGAAUCUAUUCACAUUCCAGAGUUCCCAUUUGAUGGGCUUAUAAUGGGUCAAAUGGUCUGCUUCUCGUGUCAUGGUGUUUCGAAACCAAACUUUACUCCCUUUGUGAUUUUAACAUUGCCAACACCAAAUACCACCCAAUGCGAUUUGGAAAAAUUGCUCGAAGAUAACGAGAGUGAGACCAUUGAGGGAUACCAGUGUCUCAAAUGUCGAAUUGACAAGAUUGUAGCCAACGAGCAAGAAAUUUUGCGUCAAAACCAAGGUCAACCUAGAACAUUUGCCUCGCCAGAAGAAGAAGAGUUUAUCAAUGAGAUUUUUAGGUUGCAUCAAGGAAACCUUUGUAUUAAUGAAGAUAUACCGGAGCCAUUGGAGAAAUUUAUCAAAAACUAUAAUGUUAAUGGAUUGGACGUUUCGAAAAUCACCUCCACUGUGUCUAAAAAGUCACACAUUUUGAAGCCGCCAAAGAUUUUUGGAUUACAUUUAUCAAGGUCUAAAUUUGACGGACAAAGUGUUACUCGAAACUCUUGUAUGGUUCACUUUAAAGAUUCAAUGACAUUAUCAAUUGGUAAAGAGUACCAUGAAAAAUUGAGGGAUUUCCAACAAUAUGUCCAGGAUGAAGAGGCUACAUUAAUUAAAAACUUGAGUUCUAAGGUGUUGACCACUGAUGAAAAUGAUAUGGAGGAUGAAGAGGUUCAAAGAGAUGACUUUGAGGAGAAAGGUAAUGAAGAUGAAGAGGACGAUCUUGAUGAUGGCGAUACAACAGAUGUUGGUGAAGGUGGCAGUACCACAGAGGGAGACACUGAUUUUACGGAUGAUGGUGGUGAUGAUGGUGAUGAGGACGAGGACGAGGACGAGGACGAAGCGGGGGACGAAGGAGAUGAUCAAUCUUCUUUAACUAGUGCCGAGUCUGUACCUCAAACAAUCACAACUUCUUCAACAAUUCGACCCAAUGAAGGAGACUCAGAUGGUCAAGCCCACACCAUAAACAAAGCACCGAUUUCAGCACAGCAAACUGAGAAAUUAAAAGAGCAGUUUAAGAAAUUCAAGUUCAAUGAAAAUGAUGUUUACAAAUAUAGACUACGUGCAAUCAUUAAACAUAUUGGCUCGCACACUCAGGGCCAUUAUGAGUGUUACAAACACAAACCUUUAUAUGUAAAGAAUAGUGAGGGAAACAUUUUCAAAUUGACACCUGAGAUUACUGAUAUCGCAGGUGAUACGCACUGUGAUGUCACACCAGUUGAGCAACCAGAGACCGAAAAGGAAAAUGACGAGAAGAAGGAUGCUCCAGAAAAACGAAGCAGAUUUUCUUUAAGGUCACCAAGUGUUUCUUCAGGGUCCCAAGACAAUGAUGAAGGAUUGCGUCACAAGUUUUCUAACUUGAUGGGACGCCGUCCUUCCGUUAUUCAAGCCAACCCUCGAAAUGUGGAAGAAAUCCUUCAAUCUGGUUUACAAACCCCAGCAGAGAUUCUUGUUGACGAUCCAAUGAAGACCGAAUCGCAUAAUAACUUUGACAAUGCUUUUGCACAAGCUCACUUUAAAAAUUCAUUUCAAGAAAACAACAGUGGCCAAGGAGCCAAUAAUGACACAUCAAAAUCUGCGCCACAGAAAAAGGUAAAAAUGAAGAAGAUCAAUUCAAUCAUCAGUCACCCAUACUGGCGGAUCAGUGACGCGCAAGUUGAUGAAGUUUCUCGGGCAACUGUUUUGGCUGAAGAAACUAGUGUUUAUAUGUUGUACUAUGAAAGGGUCGAUAGAAAGCAAAUAAAGCACAGCCGAAAAGCCAAGUGA